AUGGCGCUUAAACUCAUACUUCUUCAGUUACUGCUUGUGCCCUUGGGGCUGGCCCAUCCUCACGGUGUUGAGGAGAGAGAGUUUCAGCACGCGGCCCAGCCAUGGUAUCGAAGAUCUCUUGAUCACUGUGCCGAGGCAUUCUCAGAACCCGAGUUUGUGAAAAGAACCAUCGAGCGCAGACACGAAGAGCUUCAACGACUUCGUCAGAAGAGGGGUAUCGAAGACAUUCCCAUAAUCCACGGCCGAGACUUCAACACGGUGCUCAGAACAGAUCACCGCGUCAACAAACCUUACAACGAAAAUACUCCGGCCUCCGAGUUGUUUGCGGGAUCUGGCGCAUGCAUGCUUACUCCCGAGCAAACAGAGGGUCCUCUUUAUGUCAAGGGCGAAGAAGUCAGAAGAGAGUUGACCGAGGGUGAAGGUGGUGUCAAGAUGACUAUCGAUAUCCAGGUUGUCGACGUAAAGACGUGCAAGCCAAUUACCAACGCUGCAGUCGACUUUUGGAGUGCAAACUCUACUGGUGUGUACGGCGGUGUCCUCAAUUACCCUGGCAAUGGUAACCCCAACGACCUGUCUUUGAUCAACACUACCACUCUACGUGGCAUCCAAUUCACCGACGUUGAGGGAAUGGCAACUUUCGACACUGUUGUGCCUGGGCAUUACGCAGGCCGAACUAACCACGUCCACGCAAUUGCCCAUCUCGGCGCAAUCAAGCAACCCAACAACACCAUCACGGGUGGAAAGGUAGCCCACAUCGGCCAGAUGUACUUCGACCAGAAGCUUCUCGAUGAAGUUGAGAGGCUGCCUCCUUACUCAACCAACCAUCAGGCUGUCACGAAGAACGCCCAGGACGCGUUGCUGGCGAUGUCUUCCAACAAUGAUGACCCGGUCGUGCGCUAUGUAUUGGUUGGCAAGACUCUGGCCGACGGUAUUUAUGCCUGGAUCCGUUUUGGUGUGGAUUCAAACGCCAACCGCCCGCUGAACCCAGCAGCAUGGAUUGACGAGAAGGGAGGUCAUCAGGGGAACCCCAACCCCGGUGGAUCGCCUUUUCCUGGCUGGCCGUGGGGAAAGAACAAGAGGGAAAAUGAAGAGGAUUCCUGA